AUGGAGAAACACUUGCAUAGAGUGGAGCAACAGUUAUACCGAAUAGAGGAACACUUUCAUAGACUGGAGACUGACAUAAGGAAAAGAGGAGAACAAGCGCAGAUGGAGGCUGAAAUGAAGAAAAUGACUGGAGUAAUGCAGAAAAUAUUGAAGUACGUGCAGGAUCGACAAACUGGACCUCACAAGCUAGAUGUAUUACCAGUAACAAACUUCGAACAGAUGCAGGCAUUUGAAGAAGCGACGGAAGAACAUUACACCGAUGCUGUAAAUUUUUUUCAUUACAUCGGUGGCUUUAAUUUAAAGGAAGCCGUCAGCCUUUGCCUCAAAGAGGCUUUAGAUGAAUUUGUGGCAACGUCGUACACCUGGUUUGGUCGCGAGGAAGGACGACGACCACUUUCCAAUACCCGGCUUGUUAAGGCUAUAUAUGAUGGAGUAUGCAAGAACAACAAUUUUGGAAGACCGCAGCAAUCAGAGUUUCAACGGCAGAUGCAGGAGUCCUUGCGCGUCAUGAAAGAGAGGAACCGAAUGAGGAUACGUAAGUAUCGAAGAAAUCCCGCUGGAAGGAACGAGAAUUUGUGGGACGACAAGGAGCUCGAGGACAUGGCCGACACAGAUGCUACCAACGACAUUCAACAAUAA